AUGAGUUGCAAUGGAUGUAGAGUUCUUAGAAAAGGUUGUAGCGAAACAUGCAUCCUUCGUCCUUGUCUUCAAUGGAUCGAAUCCGCCGAGUCACAAGGUCACGCCACCGUCUUUGUCGCUAAAUUUUUUGGCCGUGCCGGUCUCAUGUCUUUCAUUUCCGCCGUACCUGAACUAAACCGUCCAGCUAUGUUUCAGUCCUUGUUGUUUGAAGCGUGUGGGAGGACGGUUAAUCCGGUUAACGGAGCGGUUGGGAUGUUAUGGACCGGGAACUGGCACGUGUGCCAAGCGGCGGUUGAAACUGUUCUUCGCGGCGGAACUUUACGACCGAUCUCAGAUCUCCUCGAGUCUCCGUCGUUGAAUCUUAGUCAAAACCACCAUUGCCGUUUUCCCACCACUAGAUCUAAGGUUUCUACGACGGAGAUGGUUGAAACUCCGGUUAACCGGAAAAGAGUGAAGUCUGAUCGGUCUGGUACGGAUCUUGAUCUCCAGCUAACCGGUCCGACUGUACCGGUUUCUUUACUUCCUCCGCCGCCAUUUUGCAAGGCGGUUAACGGUGACCGUCCGGGAAGUCCAUCGGAGGACUCUGUAACGACGUCGUGUUGGGAAAAUGGUGAUAAAUACAGAAACAAAGGAGAGAAAAAGUUAUUAAACCUUUUUGUUUAA